AUGGCAGACAUCAAUAUUUCAGCCUCAAAGUGGAGACUCAUUGAAGUCGGUCGUGUCGUGCUUUUCACUAACGGCCCCAACAAUGGACGGCUGGCAGUCAUAGUCCAGAUCAUAGACCACAAGCGAGUUCUCGUCGACGGCCCGUCACACAAAUUCGGGGAAGUCGUUCGCCAGUCUGCGCCCCUCAACCACAUUUUGAUCACCCAUAUCGUCAUCUCAAAGAUGCCGAGAGCAGCUGGACGUGGUCCUGUGGCGAAGAAGUGGGAAGAAGCUAAAGUUGAUGAGCAAUGGGAACAAAGUGCGUGGGCAAAAAGGAGAGACCAGCAGGACAAGAGAAAAGCUCUAUCGGAUUUCGAGCGAUUCAAGGUCAUGAGGUUAAAGAAACAGACACGAUUCGAGGUUCGAAAAGCGCACGCGAAGGUUCGAGAGGCUGCGAAAGCAUGA